GUAACUGAGGACUCCACAAAAAUUUCCGAGCGCAAGAGAUAAAAGUUCAGUGCGCUUCCCAUAGUAGCAUUUGAUCGCAUAUACCAUUUGAAGAAGUCGUCAUGUUUACCUGUAGAGAAUGUUUGAGAAGGGCAUUCAACUCUUCAUCUAGAGCAGGUAUCCCCAAGAAUCUGAGUGCAAGCCACUCCAGCUUGCCGCCUCUCAGCGCCACGACCAAAGCCUCUCGACCGAACAAAAAAUAUUCGACUGUCGCCACAGCUCAGGAACUCACCGCAGAUGAAACAAGAUCAGAUGUAGCCCACGAUCCAACCAGAAAAGAUCAUGGCGAUAACAAGCCGUCUGUUCUUGGUCGCUCAGCGAAGUGGGCUGCUCGUAAGGAACUCGAGUAUCUGAACGAUGCAUUACAUAUUGCAAAUCGGGUCGCGGCUGCCUUGAACAAGGACGACUUUGAAGUCGCUGCUCAGAUCACGAGGCAGGCAAGCAAAGACAAGAACGUUAUUGUUAGCUGGAACCAUCUCAUCGACUACCAGCUCCGGAACGGCCGGAUACACGCCGCUAUGAAGCUUUAUAAUGAAAUGAAGAAACGCGCUCAUCAACCAAACGCCCAAACUUUCACUAUUAUCUUUAGGGGAUGCGCAAAGUCGGAACAUCCUAAAUUAGCCGUCGGAGAGGCUGUCAGGUUAUACCAGAACAUGCUGUCGGUAGGGCGAUUAAAGCCAAAUACUAUACAUCUAAAUGCAGUCCUACAAGUUUGCGCCAAAGCCGAGGACCUUGAUUCUAUGUUCGGUAUAUUGAGUUCUUCCAACGACGCUCUCCGGAGUCCCAAUAAUCUUACCUACACGACAAUUCUAAACGCUAUGCGCAAGACAGCCGAAAGACCACUUGCCAGCGACGAUCCUGCCCGGGGCCUGGCAGAAACAGAUAUCGAAAAUAAUAAGCGGGACACCAUUCAACGUGCCAAAUCCAUCUGGGAAGAAGUCGUCUCACGGUGGAGAGCUGGUUCACUCAUCAUUGAUGAGGAAUUGGUUUGUGCAAUGGGGCGGAUCCUACUCAUGGGAGACUAUACCGAUGCUGAUUAUAUUGAGAGCUUGAUUGAACAGACCAUGAUGAUUCCAAGAGUUGAAAACAAAGGCUUAUCUAAGCCACAGGGAACCGAGAGCAGUACAAUGGCACGCAAUAAGCAAGCCAGCAAAGCUCCUGGCGCUCCUGCAAUCACUCACGCGUUACCUGGGAACAACUCAUUGUCGAUGAUCCUUGAAGCUCUGGAGAAGACCCGCAGAUCGGCCAAAGCAGUAAAGUACUGGAAUGUGUUCACUCGAGAACACAAUGUUGUUCCAGACGUCGAUAACUGGACUUGCAUACUGAAGGUUUACAAUGUUGGAAAAAAUAGUGGCAGGGCUUCUGUAGCGCUGAACUAUAUGCCCGGACAUAUGUUAACACAGAAGCAUGUACGACUCGCUAUGAAGGCCUGCCUUCGUGACAAUCUCAACAAGUUAGCAUUCGAAAAUGCAACAGCUGUUUUGAGGACAAUGGGAGAAAAGCUUGAGCUCCCUGAUAUACAGACGCUCCGAACUUACCUGCAGGUUGCCCACGCAUCUAAGCGGUCGUUUGACAUCGAGGCCAAAGAUGAUCAUGCGGGCGCAAUGGAUUCGUGGGCUCGAAUUCUGUACGCAGCCCUUGAACAUCUUUCCAGGCCAUACCAAGCUCUUGUAGAGGGGUAUUUCACCAAGCAAAAAAGUGUUAGCGAUGCCAAGUCAUUGGAGCGAUUGCAGAAUUCCCAGGCUGAAGUAGUGGCCUUAGCACGAAAAAUGUCUGCUGCCUGUGGUAUUCUCACUCAUGAGCACACGACCUCUUUUACGAAAGCUCAGCUCGCCAAGAUGGAAUUGAUGUUUUCCGACCUUACAAGGUUUAUGAACCGAUAUUAUGAGAAACGUCGUGGCAAGCCAGCAGGAGAACAGGAGGUUGUUAAGGACAAAAAGCCCAAACAACAAGACAACAGUCAGCACAGCAAACCCAGGCGAUUGGAAGACACUGAUGAUAGAAGUGUCGAGCACAAAUCUGCAGACAGUCUGAUAAGUGUUAGAUAUACAUAGACGAGACUAGAUACCCAUGAACGCAAGACAUGUCCCAUCUCCUCGUUCAAUAAUUCCUUCCCAAAGUCCA